ACGUUGGAAUGAAUUUGAAUUUUUGUUUGAAAAAAUUUUCGAUCGGAUCUUGGAGUGGAAGAAUCUCGGUGGAGAAGAAAAAUAUCAGCGAGAAAAAGAAAGAAAGAAAAAAAAGAUUAGAAUAAGCUUUAUAUCGUUCUCGUUCUAUUUAUAGCUUUUAUCGUAUCGAGUUUUAUUCGUAUUUGCAGCAUUCCUCGCUUCGUAGAAUCCACUAACUUUGAACUUGAAACACCCAUUUUUUUGUCUCGCACAAACAACAAUUCUUUCUUUAAAUUUUAUAAUUUCUCUUCUCUUCUCUUUUUUUGUUACAGGUAAGAAACGCGUAACAUCGAAUUCAUUCUUCCCCCGAGCAUACCCUCCUUCGUUGUUCUCCUGUGCUUAUUUUGGACAGAGUGGAAAGCUCAGCGUUGCAGUUGGUGUACCCGCUGGAUUCUCGUCCGGUGCAGCUAAUCUUCCGGGGGUUGCAGGUGGUCAAGGAGAAACGAUCCCUCCUCCGGGAUGUCUCGGGCGUUGUUAAACCCGGCGAACUUUUGGCCGUCAUGGGCCCCUCAGGUUGCGGCAAAACGACGUUAUUGAACUGCCUGUCAGGCCGCGUGGGCUUGGACGGGGGUGAAAUCUGGCUGAAUCGUGAAAGGUUGACAAAAAGAUGGCGCAGAAGAAUCUGUUACGUGCAACAGCAGGACGUUUUCUUUCCCGAUCUCACGUUACGACAGACACUCGAGUACCAGGCGAGGCUCAGGCUUCCGGACACGUUCUCGCACUCACAGAAGAUGCAGUGCGUGGAUCAUAUCAUCGAGGUCCUCGACCUCGCCACCUGCCAAGACACCAUUAUCGGAGAUUACACGAAACGAGGACUCUCCGGUGGCGAGAAGAAAAGGACGAGCAUAGCCUGCGAGUUGCUUACCAAUCCUUCUCUUAUGCUGCUCGACGAACCAACGAGCGGGUUGGACUCCCAUUCGGCACAGGCGUUGAUUUCACGGCUGAAGAAGUACGCGGAACAAGAGGGGAAGAGCAUAGUGAUAACAGUGCAUCAACCCAGCUCGAGGAUGUUCCACAGUUUCAGCAAGAUCCUGCUGCUGAGCCGUGGCCAAGUCGCGUAUUACGGCCUCACGGCAAACAUCGGCAGGUUUUUCUCCACGAUCGGACUCACCCUGCUCCCCCACUACAACCCCGCUGAUUUUAUACUGGAGCAAAUAAAGGGGCCAGAAGAGGUUCGGGAGCGCAUCGUUGCCGCGGCGAGGAACGCGAGACAGGGACCUGACUGCCCGCCGGAACUUCGCCCGGACUACAAUCCAAGCCAACAUCCGCUCUGCGACCAUCUGAUCCAUUAUCACGAGCACCACAUCAGCCACAACGUGAAAGAAGACGAAGGUCGCACGCUGUGGUUAGACACGCAAAGCCAUGCCAGCAGCAGCGCCAGUUCCGCGGACGAUGACUAUACCUGGCAGUGGCCCACCAGUUUCUGGUCGCAAUUCAAAGUAUUAUCAGAAAGAAACUUUCAAGAGGCACGACCUCGGAUGCUGUCUCGUCUCAACUGGCUUCAAACGAUAGCUCUCGGCCUGCUUGCUGGACUGUUGUGGCUAAGACUUCCCAGAACCGAAGCGGCACUUCACGACAUCCAAGGAUGGAUGUUCUUCAGCACCACGUACUGGAUGCUGUUCGCACACUUUGGUGCACUCUCCAGUUUUCCUCCGGAACGCGAGGUGAUCAACAAGGAGCGGCUUUCAGGAUCGUAUCGGCUCUCGGCCUAUUACUUGGCGAAAAUGGUCGGCGAGUUGCCGCUUACGAUCACGUUGCCCGCUGUCUACCAUAUCAUCAGUUACCCGAUGUUGGGCUUCCACAGUCCGGCAGUUUUUGUCACCCUGCUGGCGUUUCUCUUACUCAACACCAUCGUCGCACAGAGCGUGGGAUUCUUCGUUGGGGCAUGCUGUUUGGAUCUGCAGGUUAGCAUAACCGCGUCCGCGCUUUACACGCUCGCCACGCAAUUGCUCGGCGGUUAUUUGGCGACGGCUGUCCCACCGUGGUUGGCAUGGGCAAGAUACGCGAGUAUGGUGCACUACGCCUAUCAGAACAUGCAAAUCCUGGAAUUCGGCGUUGGCGAACCGAUCACAUGCUCGCAGCCAAGCAAGUUCCAGGAAUGCAGGAACGCCACGACGAUACCUGUUUCGGCGAUCCUCGAGAGCCAGGGCGGCGCAAGGGGUUCCGGUCUUCCACUGUGGGCGAACACGGCCGUCCUCCUGGCGUUCCUCGUCAUAUUCCGCACCCUGGGCUACCUGGUGUUGCGCUACUAUCGCGUGCCCAAGUGAAACGGCGCGCGAUGAGAACCGCCUUUCCACUGCCGCCACGAUCCACCGUACGAUACUGGUGGAUCGGCCGCGAUCGACGGACGUCGUCACGGCCUCGCCGCGCUAACGGGAACCUCGUCAACGUCGUGAUUUCGUCGUCGAGCUUCCGUUUCACCCUUCGUUUCGUGUGCAUCGAUCGAGAUAUAUAUAUAUAUAGACAGAGAGAGAGAGAGAGAGGGAGAGAGAGAGAGAGAGAGAAAACUCGAGACCGAGAUAUUUAUUUUUCCAGGAUUGACACGCGGAAUUCGGGGGUGGUAAUGAAAAGAUAAUUCUAAUAAACGUUACUCGAAGCACUUUUUUUUUCUUUCUUUUUUUUGAUCAUUCACGACUCGAGAAUGAGGGUGA